GAUGAGAUGACAGCUAUUCAAAGAGCAUAACAAUUUUCUAAAGCACCGUACAUUUUGCCCACUUUCUCCAGGACUUUUUUGCCAUUUUGACUUUGGUGAGGGAUUCUGGCAAAAGAUAAAUGGAUCCCCUGAUAGUUAUAGUUUUGGUGGUGACAGCAGCAACACAAGUUAGUGCCACGGCCUGUAAUCUCUCUCAUGAUAAUGGAACUCAUCAAUGCUAUGGGGCUUUGGGAGAAGCUUUGUUCAUUGUCCUGGCUGCAGACAGCAGUAAUGAAGAAAUAAGACUGACGAAAGGUGAUAAAUAUAUUCUGGACAUCAAAACUGGUAAAGACUGGGAACCGAAACUGCAACCGGAGUUUAAGAAUCGCUCUGAGUUAUUUAAUAAUGGAACAUUCAGGCUGGACAGAGUCUUAAAAAAUGACUCUGGAGAUUACAAAAUGGAAAUAUUUAACUCAGAGGGAUCACUGUUGCGCCAUGUCAACAUGCGACUUCAGAUACAAGCCCCGGUGUCAGUGCCAGUGUUGUCUCACCUCUGUCUGCCUCAUGGAGAGACCCUGGUCACAUGCUCCUCAGAGGGAGAUGGUCUGCAGUAUAGCUGGACCAUGAGCGGCCAGACUCUGAACAGGAGUGUAGCCUUCAAUGCUGUCACACUGAAGAGCAGUGAAAUGGCAGAACUGACCUGCCUUGCUCAGAAUAAUGUUAGCAGAAGGAACUCAACAAUUGAUCUCCCGGCCUGCCCAGUUGUGUCUUCCCAGUUUCCUUUUGUAGCUGUGACAGUGGCUUUGAUUGUUGGAACACUCACACUACUUCUUGCACUAUAUGUCGGUAUUAACCAUCUAUGCAAGAAACGAACAUCCAGAUAUGAUACUUCAGUAAGCAUUAACGAGGAUGAGGAUGUGGUAUACGCUGAUGUGAAAAUAGACAAGCAAAGGAAGCAGAGGACCCCAGCCACAGACAUGGUGGAGUAUGGACAGAUCAACAUGGCUGGGAACCCAGAUGUGGCAGGCAGCCCAGAGACUCAAGGGUAGACAUUUUAACAACAUGUAAUUGUAUAAAGCAGAACUAAGACAAGGGUUGACUGAACAUUCUGUGCCCUGGUUGAGUUGGUCAGACAGACGAUUGAACUAGUGACAAAUGAACAUCAAGAGAUGACAACAAGAAAGACGUACUGCAUGUCAUUUUGAGUUUGUUAAGAUUAAUAAGUAACAGCUUUUCAUUGUAUUGUACAAUGGUAUGACAAUUUUUAAGUAUUUUGUCAUUUUUCCUUAAAACCAUGCUAUCAAUUUAUCUGUAUUUCAAUGUUGAAUGGAUCCCGACUAGGGUGCUUGCAAGCCAGACCUUAGCUCUAUUGCUUGAGAGAAAGUAUCUGAACAUUUCCUGUAAACAGCAAUAUCAUACUGUAAAUGUAAUCCUUUAUUUCUUCUGAGGCAUCCACGUUGUUGUACCAAUGUUUAUUUGUGUUAAAAUACUUAGUUAUAACUGUUAUAUAAUAUAUUGGGAACGGUAUAUAAAUGAUGAUCUUCGGGAUCGGGUGCCCUUCCACGGGACGGUUGAGCUAACGUAGGCUAAUGUGAUUAGCAUGAGGUUGUAAGUUGCAAGAAAAUUUCCCUGGACAUAGACAUAUCUUGGGAGAUAGCAUAAAUUCUUGUUAAUGUAACUGCACUGUCCAAUUUACAGUAGCCAUUACAGUGAAAGAAUACCAUGCUAAUGUUUGAGGAGAGUGCACAAUUUUGAACAUGAAAAGUUAUUAAUAAACAAAUUAGGCACAUUUGGGCAGUCAUU